AAAGUGAUCACCACACUUGACCUUCAUUAUUAUUAAAUAUUAUAUUAAAACUUAAUAUUAGCAUAACAGUUUACUAACUGAUAAAUAGCGUACAAACAAGACAGAAAAAUACGGAUGAUAUAUCUGAUAGUAGGAUUAUCACUGUGGUUGAAUAACAAUAAGAUUCUAAAUUAAAGUAGCUGUGCAUUUCAAAGUGUCAUACAACAUUCAAGCGGACGAUACAAACAAAAGAAAUAUAUGGAAAAAGUGGCAUUUGAUAUCUAGUGCCUGCAAUUCUUCAUCAGUCUACUGUCGUUCUAACAAGCAAGUCCAAAGUAUGCGAGAUAACAUAAUAAUAACUUACUGCGUUUAUUAAUUUUGGAAAUCGGUAACUAAAAAUAAUAUACAGAGUAUAUUUUACUGACAACGUGUAAAUAUGCGUAAUGAUACAAUUCUAUCGUACUUGAAUAUGUUUAGCAAUACAAAUGUAUCAGACGACCAUAUGUUUAGCAAUACAACUCUGUCGGACGUUACGAGCAAUUCAGUUGUUCUUGAAGAUAGCACUCUGUCACAAUAUUCAACAGGAACAGUUUCCAAGUCAGUGUUUAGCCAUGAUGACAAUUCUAGCCUCGAGAAUGCAAGAUACACAUAUGACUAUGAAAGCUUUGAUUAUGGAGACGAGUACAUGUAUCCAGGAUAUGACUUUGAAAGGGCCCUCUAUCUGUACAUCUGGGAGAUUUUGGUUAUUGUUACCUCCCUUGUAAACGUGGUCGUUAUUUCUGUUCUUCUCCGUAGAAAGAUGAGGAAUCCCACGAAUAUCAUUCUUGCUGCAAUUGCUAUUUCGGACUCUCUGACAGGACUUGUAACCUUGCCUACAUACAUCAUGGUGUACCAGAAUUAUGAUCCCCUGAACGAUGAUGCAAACUACAACGGCUACUAUUUAGAUAACUCCACCGAAACAGAGUCUCAAGGAAAUGCUGCUGGAAUUCAAUACGAUACUCUGUCAACCAAGUCAACUUUUAGUGGAAGUCCACAUACAAAUUAUUCAUCGUCAUCAAUGAUAACUGACUCUACAACUCAAGAAGCCCUUGACGGCUACACUCUAACCAAAAGCCUUUGUAAUGGUUUCAUGAUUUCAAAGUAUUUUCUGUCCAAGACAUUUCACUCAGUUUCAAUAUUUCUGACGUUGUUCCUAGGAAUUCAAAGAUACGUAUCAGUGGCUUUUCCUUAUAAGUCACAAUUUCUCUUCAAUGUCAAGAGAACACUCGUCUGCUGCGUUAUUAUUUUCGUCGUGUCUCCACUUCUACACUCAUACCACCUAGGAAGUAACAAAGCAACAGGUGGCCUGUGCCAGUGGGAAAUGCAGGACAAAGGAUGCGGUGGCGUUUGCAUUUACCUAUGGGUAGCGUUUUUUGUACGUCACUUCCUGCCAUGUUUAACGCUCGUAGUCUUCUCCGUGCUGUUCAUUUUUCAGUUGCGCCUAGGGGAGAGAAGUCUUCGUAGAAUGGACAGCAAUAGGUCACAGAUAUCCAGACGCGUGGAAGAAAAUCGUCGUAUUUCGAUCAUUGUCACAGCCAUUGUUAUUAUUUUCCUUGUGCCUGAAGUACCAUACGGAAUUUUCUUGCUCUAUAAUGCUAUCGACAAAGCCGCUAAUGAAGGUAGGGGAAUUGAUCUAGAAACAAACAGAGCCAUACAAAUGACGUACGAAUUAUUGCUAGUACUUUCAUUCCAUGCUAAUUUUUACAUUUACACACUGUUUAAUAGAAGGUUCCGCAAAGUGCUCUACAGGACAAUCGUAAAACCAGUAAGGAGACUUGUAGGUGAUACAAGGAGAUUGUCAAUCACGAGAACAUCAUCGACGUCCCAUCAAGGCUCCACUAGAAAAACGACGAUGACCAACUCAAAGACAAUAGACUCCAAGAUCCAACUAGACACAAAUUGGUUACAUACAAAUGAUUCCGACAAGUCAUCUGCAACGGAGAUGCAACCUCUGAAAACUUUUGUCGCCGAAAAACGACCAAGUGAACAUGAACUUGAACCCUUGAAUGAAAAAAUAUAAAGAGGUCAAUGUAACAGUAUAAUACUAUUCUAUGGAUUAUAUUUGAAAUUAUCAUUCUUGCUUUUUAUGGUCCUACUUUAUGGUGUGUGUUUGUGUGUGUGUGUGUGUGUGUGUGUAAACGAGCGUGUGUAUGAACAAAUACGUAUCAUACUGAGUGUAAUGUCUGGUCCUAGAGGCGGGGUUGGGGAUUAGGGGUUGUUGAACAUUACAUUUACCUGUCACGAACAGACUAAGCGAAAUUCAUUAUGUUAAUAUUUUGCUUGGCUGCGUUCUAUGUUUAAAUGGAUGUUCUCAUAUAUUUUAACAGCUGCAGUAGUUUUAUGUUUAUUAAAAAUAUUUUCUUAUGAAUAAUAACUGUUUUAUAUUGUUACACUCAUGUAAGAUUUAUAACGUAUAUGCUUGAUGCACUGCCUUUUUUAAUCUUUCUCUGGAAAAGGAAGAAUGUACUAUUUUCAUACAUCUCUAAUGAGCCAUUAUUUGUAUUUGUAUACAUUUAUCUAUAUAAAUAUACGGAAUAUCGGAUUGAUGAUGCAAGCAAGAGGCUUCUGCACACCCACAAAACGAGAGACUGCCCUGUAUCAUCAACCUUAAUCGUAUUAAUGAAGUCUUUGACCUCAUUCUUUUUUGUUUUGUUAUUGAAAUAUAUGACUACCGUAAUUAUCUUAAUUCAUUCGCAUGACUUUAGACGAACGCAAUACAAUACCCAAUUGUUUUUAGCACUUGCUUGAUCAUAAGAAGAAUGAAAGAGCUUUUCGUCUGG